GCGGUUCAGGUCAGUGCCCUAGAUAAGCUGUUCAUACAGGCUGGAUUUUACAUCACAGUGUGCUUGUAAUGGAAUUAUAUUGUUCCCGAUGGUCUUUGAGCUAGCAGGCAGUGGCAAGUUGUGUACUUUUAAUUUUUGCAUGGUUGGUCUUUCUGACAAAAAUUACAAAACCUCACUAUUUGCUCAUCCUCUACCCCAUUGCAUGCAGUAAACAGCGUCAUAUAUCCAACAGUCCUACAGCGUAAACUAUUUGGUGCUUCCCUCUCUCUGAAGUAGUGGGCCCAUUAUGUGAGCACAAAAUUGGUGGUUGUGAAAUAGCAAUGACAACACUUCAAUGCAGGUCAAUCCAUGCUGCAACAAGUACCAGCUUCAACCGUAGCUCAAGAUGCUGAUGAUACUGUUGCUGACGUUUAUUACCCACCAUCUGUGCAAUCACACGAGGAAGGCAGGGCCUCAGCUGAAAUGGGUUCUCCCGUUGGAGUUGUAGUGGAUGCCUCAUAUUAUGUAAAGUUUUCUGAAGCUGGUGUUCAAGCCACCACUUCGACAGCUGAAGCUUCAGUAAAUACCACUUCAUUGCUAAAGGAUGCUGAAACUCAAACUGACAUCACAGGCAGUGUUCUGAAGAGUUUUGAAGCUGAUAACCAGGUCCUACGCACCGAGUUACAGGAGGUGAAGGGCUCUCUGGACACACUUCGGCUGUUGAAAGCUUCUUUGGAGCAUGACAACAGCCGUGUGCAAUUUUACACGGGCCUACCAAGCUUCACAGUUCUGAUUUCACUGUUCACACUUGUCGAAAGUAGUGUGCCACACAGCCCAAACAAUGCUCUUGCGAAAUUCCAAGAAUUUGUACUCGCACUAAUGAGACUGCGAUUGGGAGUGGCCUUGCAGGACCUGGCGUCCAUUGAAGAAGCUUUGACGGGGGUCUUCAAUGACCGUAAUUUCUGCCUCUGAAACUUGUACGAACUCUGAACGAAGUUUCAGACACCGAUGCAGUAAGGACACAAGCAGGAAAUAAAGUUCAU